AUGUGGGGAUCGGAUGCCAACGCUCGAAGUUAUCCUCGCAUGUUCUGGGUCUCAUCGCCAGAUCUGCAAACAUGGUCAGAUGUGGUUUGGGGUGAGCCGUACGGCAUCGACCCUCAUCUGUUCCGCGACCCGAUAUCUAACAAGACAUACCUCACGCUGAUGUCAUUGAAUAACGGGUACGAUAGACUCUGGGGGAUUGGACAAUGUGAAGUGGGUUUGAGCAGUGGCAAGUGCACUGGGCCCUUCCGGAGUCUGUGGAAUGGUACCAUGCCGGUGACCAACAGUACGCGACCGGAAGGGCCCAAGCUGUUCUACAAGGAUGACUUCUACUAUCUUCUGAUCGCAGAAGGCGGGACUGGAAUCACUCACAGAGCUUCGAUAGCCCGGUCUCAAUCGCCCGAGGGCCCGUGGGAGGCAUCUCCCACGAACCCCCUUAUCUUCAAUGGCGCGGAUACGAACUUGACAAUAAGCUCGACUGGGCAUGCUACCAUUGCAGAUACCCCGGAUGGGCGAUGGUUCGCAACGCUGCUGGGACGUCGCAACAUCAAGACUUGGUCUCCUCUUGGCAGAGAGACAUUCUUCGCUCCCGUGACUUGGGAAGAUGGUUGGCCGACUAUGAACUACGGGGAAUUUCUACUCCCGAGUCAGGAGUACGACUUCGCUCCUGACCAACAGCCACUUACUGCUUUCGAGGACAACUUCGAAGGAUCGGAACUGGGUCUGAGCUGGUACCAGCUUAGAUCUCCCUACACUGUCAACUACAAGCUGGGGUCCACACUCGCCCGAAACCAAGAGGGUGCCGGAGCUGGGAGCGGAGGUGUGACACUGGUCCCGAAUGUCUUCACCUUGAGUGACCACGACACCCCGGCAGCCAUUCUUCGGAAGCAGAUAUCGACGAACAUGACAUUCUCGGCCGCCCUGCUACCCACAUCAAACGGCCUGGGCCCAUACCAAUCGGUUGGUAUAUCUGCAUACGUCAGCGCGGAAAACCAUCAAGAUAUUGGCCUUCGAGGCUGCGCGAGCGUCCCUGGCAUGUGCGCGUUCGUCGACAUGACGUCCGACGCUGCUGGCCCGGACACUCGGCCGGAGACACACGAAGUCCCCCUGAACAUCACCAAGGUCCCCUCCAACUUCUCACUUCAUAUCAGCGCCCAGCCCCUGACGUACAAACUGGGGUAUGCGACGCUUGGCAGUGACAUUACCUGGCUUACCGAGUUUUCAGCCGCCCUGAUGAAUCCUGGCUUUGACGGCUCUAUGUUUGCUCUGUUCGCUAGUGGCAACGGGUUUGCAUGGCCCUUCGAUGCACCGGAAGUUGGAUUUAGUCACGUGAGAGAGAAAUACUAUAAGGAGAGCUUCGGUGACUACAUUGAGACCUAG